UACCGCCAUUUCGAUUCAGUAAAGCAAACGGCAGUAUAAAAAAUACCGAAGUGUUUUGUAAACCCUCGUCUUCGCUCUCUAAGGGUUUGUGAAAUUCUCAAACCCUUGACCUACUCAAGGUCUAGGGAUCGAUCCUCUGCGCUGCGAUGGCUAAGCGUAAGGUGGAAAGUGCGUCCGCCUCUUCUUCUGAAGCAGACCCCUCUUCUUCUGAAGAAGAACAGCAGCGGAACAAUACUGAUGAAUUGGGCCCUGAUGACGAGGAGGAGAUCGAGGCCGUCAACAGGAUGGCUCCCUCCGAGGAAGAGGAUGAAGAUGCCGACGCAGAGGAUCCCGCUGCCGAUGCCUCUACUCCAGAUGCUGACACUGCGGAAGACGACGAGCUCCCUACCGAUGACGAUGGUCAAAGAAAGCCAGCCAGUGCAGAGGUUGCAAAGCGUGAAAGACAAAGGCUGAAAGAGCUUCAAAAGCUCAAAAAGGACAAACUUCAGCAUGUGCUGUCACAACAAAAUGCAUUAAUAGAUGCCGAUAUGAACAACAAAGCAAAAGGGCGACUAAAGUAUUUACUACAACAAACAGAGAUAUUUUCUCAUUUUGCUCAAGGUGCUGAAGCAGCUGAAAAGAAACCAAGAGGAAGGGGCCGGCAUCAAUCAAAGAAAACCGAGGAAGAAGAAGAUGAAGAAUAUUUAAAGGAGGAAGAAGAUGCUCUUGCUGGUUCUGGAAGUACAAGAUUAAUCACACAACCAUCUUGUAUUCAAGGCAAAAUGAGAGAUUACCAGCUCGCUGGAUUGAACUGGCUCAUCCGAUUGUAUGAAAAUGGGAUAAAUGGAAUUCUUGCAGAUGAAAUGGGACUUGGAAAAACCUUGCAAACAAUCUCCUUACUUGGAUAUUUACAUGAAUUUCGAGGAAUCUCAGGCCCGCACAUGGUUGUGGCACCAAAAUCAACUCUUGGUAAUUGGAUGAAUGAGAUUCGACGAUUCUGUCCAAUUUUGCGAGCAGUGAAGCUUCUUGGAACCCAAGAAGAAAGGGCAAAUAUCCGGGAAAAUAUGUUGGUACCAGGGAAAUUUGAUAUAUGUGUCACUAGUUUUGAGAUGGCAAUUAAAGAAAAAACUUUACUCAAACGAUUUAGUUGGCGAUACAUUAUUAUUGACGAGGCACAUCGAAUUAAGAAUGAAAAUUCACUUCUUGCAAAAACAAUGAGAAUUUAUAGCACCAAUUACAGGCUUCUUAUAACUGGGACACCUCUUCAAAACAAUCUCCAUGAACUUUGGUCGUUACUGAAUUUCUUACUUCCAGAAAUCUUUAGCUCUGCUGAGACUUUUGAUGAAUGGUUCCAAAUAUCAGGUGAAAAUGAUCAACAAGAAGUGGUCCAACAGCUUCACAAGGUUCUUCGACCAUUUCUAUUGCGGAGGCUCAAGUCAGAUGUUGAGAAGGGCUUGCCUCCUAAAAAGGAAACAAUAUUGAAAGUAGGGAUGUCACAAUUGCAAAAGCAAUUUUACCGAGCCCUUCUUCAAAAGGACUUGGAGAUUGUCAAUGCUGGAGGAGAGCGUAAGCGCCUUCUGAAUAUAGCUAUGCAACUGAGAAAAUGUUGUAACCACCCAUAUCUUUUCCAAGGUGCCGAGCCAGGGCCACCAUAUACCACUGGAGAUCAUUUAGUAACAAAUGCAGGCAAAAUGGUUCUUCUAGACAAGUUGCUUCCAAAGCUGAAGGAUCGUGAUUCCAGAGUUCUCAUUUUUUCUCAAAUGACUAGACUAUUGGACAUUCUGGAGGAUUAUUGUAUGUUCCGAGGAUAUCACUAUUGCCGAAUUGAUGGAAAUACAAAUGGAGAGGAGCGUGAUGCAUCAAUAGAUUCUUUUAAUCAAGAAGGCAGUGACAAAUUUAUUUUCUUGCUUUCUACCAGAGCGGGAGGUCUGGGAAUUAACCUUGCUACUGCAGAUGUUGUCAUUCUGUAUGACAGUGAUUGGAAUCCUCAAGUAGAUUUACAAGCUCAAGACCGUGCACAUAGGAUUGGGCAGAAGAAGGAAGUUCAAGUUUUUCGAUUUUGUACAGAGUAUACUAUAGAGGAAAAGGUGAUUGAAAGAGCUUAUAAGAAACUUGCACUAGAUGCUUUGGUCAUACAGCAAGGACGUCUGGCAGAGCAGAAGGCUGUGAACAAGGAUGAGUUGUUGCAAAUGGUAAGGUUUGGUGCAGAGAUGGUCUUCAGCUCAAAAGAUAGUACCAUAACUGAUGAAGACAUUGAUAGAAUUAUUGCAAAAGGAGAGGAGGCUACUGCAGAGCUUGAUGCAAAGAUGAAGAAGUUCACAGAAGAUGCAAUAAAAUUCAAGAUGGAUGACAAUGCUGAGUUAUAUGAUUUUGGUGAUGACAAGGAUGACAGUAAGUUUGACCUGAAAAAGGUUGUUACUGAGAAUUGGAUUGAGCCUCCAAAGAGAGAACGAAAACGCAACUACUCUGAGUCAGACUAUUUUAAACAAGCAAUGCGACAAGGGGGCCCACCAAAACCAAGAGAGCCACGAAUUCCUCGCAUGCCUCAAUUGCACGACUUUCAGUUCUUCAAUACUCAACGGUUGACAGAGUUAUAUGAGAAGGAAGUUCGCUAUCUGAUGCAAUCAAAUCAAAGAAAUCAAGCAAAAGAUACCAUUGGAGAAGGAGAUGACACAGAAGAUGUUGGGGAACCACUUACAGCUGAGGAACAAGAAGAGAAAGAACAGCUAUUGGAAGAGGGAUUUUCUAAUUGGACUCGAAGGGAUUUCAAUACAUUUGUACGUGCAUGUGAGAAGUAUGGUCGGAAUGACAUCAAAAGUAUUGUUUCUGAAAUGGAAGGCAAGGCAGAGGAUGAAGUAGAGAGAUAUGCAAAAGUUUUCAAAGAUCGAUAUAAGGAGCUAAAUGAUUAUGACAGAAUAGUAAAAAAUAUUGAAAGGGGAGAGGCUCGAAUAUCUCGCAAGGAUGAGAUUAUGAAAGCAAUUGGAAAGAAGUUGGAUCGCUAUAAAAAUCCUUGGUUAGAACUUAAGAUUCAAUAUGGUCAGAAUAAAGGAAAGCUGUAUAAUGAGGAAUGUGAUCGCUUUAUGUUGUGCAUGGUCCAUAAGCUUGGCUAUGGAAACUGGGAUGAGUUGAAGGCUGCAUUCCGUAUGUCACCCCUUUUCCGUUUUGACUGGUUUGUUAAGUCUCGCACUGCAGCUGAACUGGCAAGGCGUUGUGAUACGCUCAUACGAUUAGUCGAAAAGGAAAACCAGGAAGUAGAUGAAAGGGAGCGUCAGGCCCGUAAGGAUAAGAAACUUGCUAAGAACACAACACCUUCAAAAAGGCCACCUCCAAAGAUGUUUGCUAUUGAGCCUGCGUCCAGUACUGGUGGCAUGUCUGCCAAGAGGAGAAAACAAUCCAGCAUGGAUGACUUUCUUGCUUCUGGAAAGCAGAGGAGGUGAAACUAAUUUGUGAGGUUCAGCUGGUAAUUUGAACGUCAUUUCUUUGUGACAAUUCUGCCAGGCAGAUUUUGUAAUAUAAUUAUAUCUUCAAUUUUUUUGAGCUGGGUAAGAUGCUACGAGUUGUUGCUACAAACAGGAGGUGCCUAAAGUGAUGACUCACCCGAUUUGCAUCUCUAAUGAAUUUUGAGCAGAUUGGCCUUUAAAUCCUUUUUUAGGAUAUGAAAACUUGCAUUCAAUUAGUUUUGAGCAAAUUGGCCUUUUAAGCCUUUUCAGGAUAUGAAACCACUUGUAUUCAAUCUAAUGGAAGCAGAUUGAUCGCUUAAGCCUUUUACAGAAUAUGACCAUUUUUGGUCAUAAAAAAUGUAGCAGUUUUUACCUUUUGAUGCUGAUAUCAAAAGGUCACAAUAUAAAUUGGUAUCAGCAUUGCGGUGGACAAUGAGAGAAUGGGCUUUGUGCUAUGAUGCACCUUUACGGACAUUGUAAGACUUUCGUGGUACAAGCAAUAUUUAUUUUGCUUAUGAAUUACCAUGCAUAUAUUCUUGGCUGAUAUUUUAUUGUUUUUUAUGGAUAUCGUUUUACAUUUUUAGCUA